AUGAGAGCCCUCCUACAAAUCCACGCCCACCUCCUAACCCACCCGACCCUCCCCACCCGAACCCGCUCCUACGCCCUCUCCAAGAUCCUCUGCUUCGCCGCCUACCGCAACAUCCGCUACGCCCAGGCCAUCCUCUCCCAAAUCCCACGCGCCACCAUCUUCCCCCACAACACCGUCAUCCGCGGCCUCCUCGUCCUCCGUCCCACCACCCCGGAGCCCAUUCUCCACUUCAAGAAACUCGUCCGGAAAAAGUUCCCUGCGCCUAACACCUUCACCCUGACCUCCGUCCUCAAGUGCUGCUCCGUCCUUCCGGCGCCGGAAGAGGGCCGGCAGGUCCACAAGCACGCCCUCACCGCGGGCCUGGGCUCCGACCUCUUCGUCCGGACGUCCCUGCUCAACUUCUACACCAAGUGCGACGAGAUUGGACCCGCACGGAAGGUGUUCGAUGAAAUGGCUGAUAGAAGCGUGGUGACGUGGAGCGCCAUGAUUGGAGGGUAUGCACGGGCGGGGUGCGUGAACGAGGCGCUGGAGCUGUUCCGGGAGAUGCAGAGGGGUGGGGUGGAGCCGGACGAGGUGACAAUGGUGAGCGUGAUCUCGGCAUGUGCUGUGACGGGGGCCUUAGAGCUGGGAAGGUGGGUCCACGCGUUUAUAAGGCGGAAAGGGAUAAAGAACGAUAUCGAGGUCCGUACAGCACUUGUGAACAUGUACGCCAAGUGUGGGUGCAUCGAGAGGGCAUGGGAGGUUUUCGAGGCCAUGCCGGUUAAGGAUGCCAAGGCGUGGAGCUCCAUGAUUGUGGGAUUCGCUGUGCACGGGCUUGCAAAGGAGGCCUUGGAGACUUUUCGGAGAAUGGAGGAAGCUGAGGUCGAGCCUAACCAUGUAACACUUAUUGGCGUUCUAUCCGCAUGUGCACAUGGCGGCCUAGUUGCAGAGGGCAAAAAGUACUGGUCGACCAUGAUAGAAUCAGGAAUGGAGCCGUCCAUGGAGCAUUAUGGCUGCAUGGUCGAUUUAUUCUGUCGUGCAAACAAAAUCGAUGAUGCUUACGAGUUUGUGAACAGCAUGCCAAUUGGCCCGAACCCCGCCAUAUGGCGCACCUUGCUAGUAGCUUGCAAGAAAAACAAAAUCUUGGAAAAAGGCGAGACCUCGGCUAAACACCUCCUCCAAUUAGAUCCCCACAAUGCGGAGAACUACAUACUCCUCUCGAGCUUUUAUGCCUCGCAAUCGAACUGGGUAAAAAUGAGCAACGUUCGAAUGCAGAUGAGAGAGAGGGGAAUUCGGGCCGUCCCGGGCUGCAGCUCGAUCGAGGUCGAUGGACGCGUGCAUGAAUUCGUGAUGGGCAGUUGGUCACAUCCCGAGGCUCAGGACAUAAGGGGCGUUAUAUGGGAAGUUUCUGAGCGUGUUAAACUUGUCGGACACGAACCUUGGAUUGCGUCUGUUUUGCAAAAUGUGGGUAAUGGUGAAAAAGAGAGUGCGCUUUGGGAGCACAGUGAGAGGCUGGCAAUCGCGUAUGGCUUGUUGAGGACUAAAGCACCCAUGGUGAUUAGGGUUGUGAAGAACCUUAGGGUUUGUGUUGACUGUCAUGAGGUCACGAAGAAGAUUAGUAAGCUUUACGCUCGAGAAAUCGUUGUUAGGGACCGGAUUCGGUUUCACAAGUUUGUCGGUGGGGUGUGUUCUUGCGAGGAUUUCUGGUGA